AUGGACAGCUGCGUAGGUGGUUGCGCGGUGGAGACGGCAGUUGGAAUCGAGGAGAUAGGAGGGAUGGACGAUGGUGAUGCCAAUAGAUUACCAGUAUUUCUGUCUGUAAGCGAGAUAGAAUUCCCUGUUUCUGAACGUUCCCCACGACGUGUUAUUACCGUCUAUAAUCCAUACGGUUAUCCAAUUCAGUACAAAGUACUAUGCAAUGCACUUGGCAACUAUUCGGUGUCUAAUUCAAAAGGAAUAUUACAUCCUAAUUGCUGUAAAGAUUUAGUCGUGAAGUGCACUACACGGCUUAGUGUCGGUACGACUGACUGUCUUCGUGUUGAAAUUAUGAGGCCUGGAGAAACAGAAGUUUUGGGAAGUCGCGAUCUUCUUCUGCGUACCGUUAGCGAACGCAGUCCAGCAGCUACGGACACAACCAGUAGCAUUAUGAGUGAACACGAAUUUCGAGGAGAUUUCGCAUCACCACGUCGUACUCGAUCAAGAACUCGCGAUGAUAAUACCGCGUCAUCUCAGCUUGCUUGUCUGGGUGUGGCUGUAAUUUGUGCAAUUGCCUUAAUGGCUCCAACUCAAGGAGAUCCAGCAGCUUCUGAAUCCCUUCUACCACAUCACUUUCAUCUAACUGUGCCACAAAAACUCGUUGCUGCUUAUAUUCUAGGUAUUGUUUCAAUAUUAUUGCUCCGCCCGAUGACCUAA